AUGAAAAUGUCUUUUAUUAAAAUUUUAUCAUUAUAUCUGUUUGUACUGUUCGAUGUAGUCAUCUCAUAUCCGUUGAAUUUCAAUGUGCUAGAUGAACAUACUGAGAAUAGUCAUAAUUAUCAUCAUCGUUAUUUCAAUAAAGUCUUUAUUGAAGGUAAUUUACCUCAACACAAUAUAGAUAUCACACCUAUCGAUCGAACACCUUCUUUGACUCCAGAUAUAAAAUAUGCAGUCCAUGGAGAAAACGGCGUCCUGAGUUCAGAUUUACAAUUCUGUAAUAAUCUUGUGAUAGAUAAAAUAAUCAAAUUGUAUCCAAACGCCAAUGCAGCAGAUAUGGCCGUCACGUUGACUCUCUGUAUAGGUAUGGUCAAUUUUUUCAAUAGUGGGAUAGGUGGUGGUGGAUAUUUAGUAAUGCACGACCAUUCUACAAAGACAAAUAUUCAUCUUGAUUUUAGAGAGCUAUCACCGUUGAAAUCAGAUCCUUCACUAUAUAAAGAUAAUGACUGGAAUACAAAAGUUGGUGGGCUCGCUAUUGCUACUCCUGGUGAACUGUUGGGGUUAUAUGAACUGUUUAGAUUAAAAGGGUCAGGUAGCGUUAAGUGGUCUGAAUUGUUGAAACCUAUCAUUGAUUUGGGUAAUCAAGGUUGGGAAGUCGACGAAAUCCUGGGUGCCACUCUGAAGAUUUAUGAACCUAUAUUUACUUCCAUGUCUGAAACUUGGUUUUUUGUCUUAAAUUCAACUGGUAAUGGGGUUUUGAAACAAGGUGAUUGGAUAAAAAGGCCUAAUUUGGCUCAUACGUUACAAAUGCUGGCUCAAAAUGAAUCUGUAGCCCCAUUUUAUGAUCCAAAUGGUCCCUUAGUGAAAUCAAUGGUUCAAAGUGUACAAAACUCCGGAGGAAUUAUAACAGGUGAAGAUUUUCAAAAUUAUAGAGUACAUCAGACAGAUCCCUUGACCGUUAAAAUCAAGUGUUUAGAUUCCUCUAUUAGUGGUGGAUUGACUGUGGUUACAAGUAGUGGUUCAAGUUCUGGCGCAGCAUUAGUUUCAGCACUGAAAAUAAUGGAUCAUUUCCCUGACGCAAUGGGUGGAGAUUAUUCAGACGAAACAAAUUUCUAUCUUAUCGAGACUAUGAAAUGGAUGGGAAGUGCAAGGAGUAGACUUGGAGACUAUCAAACGCACCAGUUGCCAGAUAGAAUAUUGCAAGUACUGCAUGAUCAAUGGAGUGACCAAGCUUACCAAUCAAUCCAAAAUCAAACAGAAUGGGAUCCACUAAAUAAUGUUCUGAAAUUUCAUACCAUGUCGAAUUAUACAGAUUAUCAACCAGAGUAUAAGAUGAAUGAACCUCAUGGUACGGCACAUAUAAGUAUCAUUGACCAUCAUGGUAAUGCUGUCUCAUUGACUACCACUAUUAAUUUGUUAUUCGGAUCCUUAGUGCAUGAUCCUGGAACUGGGGUAAUCUUUAAUAAUGAAAUGGAUGAUUUUGCUCAAGAAUCCAAAAGCAACAGUUUUGAGUUGGCUCCAUCAAUAUACAAUUUGAUUGAGCCAUUGAAAAGACCGUUGUCAUCCACGGCCCCUACUAUAGUUUUGAAUGAAUUAGGCAUGCCAGAUUUGGUCAUUGGUGCCUCUGGUGGUUCCCGUAUCACUACAGCUAUCUUACAGAGUCUAAUUAGAUUAUAUUGGUAUAAGAUGCCACUCUUAGAGACAAUUGCAUAUCCAAGAGUCCAUCAUCAAUUGUUGCCAGAUCAUGUAGAAGUAGAAAAUAUAUCAAUGAUAGGAAAGGGAACUAUAGCCAAACUAAAGGAGAUGGGCUACGCAGUUAUAGAGCAAGUACCAAAGAGUGUGGUUAAUGCCAUUAAAAGAGAUCGUUUCGGAUGGAUCGGUGUAAGUGAUUAUUGGAGGAAACGUGGGAUGUCACAAGGAUAUUAA